AUGGGACAUACGGGCCCCGUGUGCCCUUCGAAGAAGGACCGAAGCAGUCUGUGCUUCCGAUGUGGUGUAGAAGGCCACAAAGCCGCAGAGUGCGUUGCUACCAUGCGCUGCGCCGUCUGCGUUGAUGCGGGUUUGCCGUCGGGGCACAUAAUGGGGAGCAACAAUUGUCGCCCCCCUUCUGUCAAAGGAGGGAACGGUCCUCAGCCGCAGACGAAUCUUAACCACUGUGCGGGGGCUCAGGACCUACUACUGCAGUCCAUCGCAGAGUGGAAAAUUGAUCUGGCCGUAGCAUGUGAGCCUUACUUUGUCCCCUCGCAUGCACAUUGGGUCGGGGACACCGAUGAUUUGGUGGUAGUUGUUUCUGCGAACAAUGCUGACCCCUCGCUUUCUGCUGUCGAGAGGGGUCCAGGGUAUGCGGUAGCGAGAUGGGGGGAGUACACCAUCGUUGGGGUGUACUUUUCGCCUAAUCGACCACUGGCAGAGUUUGAGACUUUCCUAGACUCCGUCAGUGAGGCUGUUCGUAGACACAACGAAGGGCGUACCUUGGUACUCGGCGAUUUUAACGCCAAGAGCCAAGCAUGGGGGAGUCCAGCCACAGAUGCCAGGGGUAGGUCUGUCCAGGUGUGGGCCGUGCACCAAGGACUCUCUCUGCUCAACAGAGGGACAACUUACACCUGUGUACGCGAGGAGGGGGGAUCCAUAGUGGACUUAUCGUUCGCCACGCCUCUGGUUGCUGACAGAGUCACCGGUUGGAAGGUCUGGGAUUGGGUGGAGACCUUGUCAGAUCAUAAUUACAUAAGAUUCAAGAUCUCCAGCCCCGCUGUGGUCACGAUGACUCCUUCUAGCGUUGCGAACUGCUUCCCGCGCUGGUGCCUGAGUCGGGUAGAUCAAGAAUUGCUAAGAGAGGCGGCUAUAGUUCAGCGGUGGUCCUCUCUCACCUUCGAGUCGGAUGCCAGUGGCCCGCGGAUGGCACCGCAGCAAGUGUGUGUACUGGUGGUCAGAAGAAAUAGCGAACCUCCGUACCGCCAGUCACCGAGCACGAAGAGCCUAUGUCCGGUGUCGUAG